GUCCCGCUUCGUGCGGGCGCUACGCGCCUAUGCUGCGCACCGGGCUGAUUCCCCGCGCCCUGCGCCGCCCUCGCGGGGCCGUGCGGAGCCGCCGCUGCUGCUGCACGGCCCGCAGCUGGGCGGGCGCGGAGGGCGGCGGGUCCCGCUUGGGGGCCGCCCUGGGGCUGCUGCCAGGCUCCGGCCGGCCAGCGGCCGUGGCUGUGCCGCUGUGCGCCCGGGGGCUGCGCUGGUCCGGUAAACUUUAUCAACAUGUCCCAACAGAGCCCUCCCAAGCCACCUUAGCUAGCGUGGCUCCUGUUUUUGCAGUGAUGAAGCUUGACAAAGAGGGAAAUGCUACCUAUUUUGAAAAGAAGAAAACAGAAUUGUACCAGGAAUUGGGUCUUCAAGCUCGAGAUCUAAGAUUCCAACACCUAAUGAGCAUAGCAGCUAGGAACAACAGGAUCAUCUUGAGAAUGGAGUUCUUGAAGGCUGUCAUAACACCAGAGUUUCUUCUGAUACUAGAUUAUCGUAAUUUAAACCUGGAACACUGGCUCUUCAAGGAACUAGCAUCUCAGCUGGCUGGGGAAGGUCAGCUGGUUACAUAUUCCCUGCCCUUUGAAUUCCGAGCCAUAGAAGCAAUCCUGCAAUACCGGAUCAGCAGACUACAGGGGAGACUUAACACUUUGCAGCCUCAGAUCCUUGAGACACUGGAAGCUCUAGUGGACCCCAAGCUUUUGUCUGUGGAUAGGAGUAAACUACACAUUCUCCUGCAAAAUGGCAAGAGCUUGUCAGAACUGGAAACAGAUCUUAAAGUUUUCAAAGAAACAAUUCUGGAGAUCUUAGAUGAAGAAGAAUUAAUAGAAGAGCUCUGUCUAUCUAAAUGGACUGAUCCACAAGUAUUUGAGGAGAGUGUAUCUGGGAUUGACCAUGCAGAGGAAAUGGAGCUGCUGCUGGAGAACUAUUACAGACAAGCAGAAGAUCUUGCAAAUGAAGCUCGUGAACUCAGACUGUUGAUUGAUGACUCAGAAAGCAUAAUCUUUAUCAACCUAGACAGCCACCGUAAUGUGAUGAUGAGGCUGAAUUUGCAGCUGACUAUGGGGACUUUUUCUCUCUCUCUCUUUGGACUCAUAGGAGUUGCAUUUGGUAUGAACUUGGAGUCCUCUCUUGAAGAGGACCCCAGGAUAUUUUGGCUGGUGACAGGGAUUAUGUUUCUGGGAAGUGGUCUGAUAUGGCGACGCUUGCUUUCCUUCCUUGGGCGGCACCUAGAACCUCCACUACCUCCUCAAGUUCCUGCAGUUUUGAAAAAAUCCCAGCCAGCAGCUGGAAGAGUGGACAUAAAGAACAACCUUAAAACAGAAACGUUUGGGCUGAACAGAAGCACGUUAACAAACCAAUAGAACAGCAGGAAUGAAGAGACUUUUGUUCUUACAGGGUGGACUUUGGACACUUCCAUUUGUUCUUCCUUACUGAAAACUGCAAGAAUUUCUAAACUUGCUAAUUUAUUAUUUUAUGCCAAAAAACUAUGGUGAGAUUUUAAUGCUUACACACAAAAGGAGAAAAACACCAGGGAAAAGGGAGAUAUGCUUUCACAGUAGUCUCACCUCACACCCCAUGUAUGUUCCAUUAGUUUUUUGUAUUGCAUACAUGUAUUUAUUUUGGGGGCAUUUCUGUCAAAUACUUCAUGUAAUGGCCUUUCUUAGUAUUUUCAGCUUAAAGGAUGGCAGCAGCCAGUGUUCAUUAAUAAUUCUUGUUCUGAGCUGCAGAUUUAGGAAUCUGACUUCCAAUGUCAAAGAAAGAAAAACACCCCAAAAAUGGCCUUUUUAAUGAUAUAUUUUUUUUAAGGCCUUUUUUAAUUGCAGAGAACAGAUUUUCCAAAGCAGAAAGCAUACCUGCACCUGUCCUGAAGCAUCGCCUCUAGAUUGACAGUAACCAAAAAUAAUGUUUCUGUUAUUUCAAGAGAGCAAUAACAGGCUUUGAAAUGUAGCUACUUAUCUUGGGUAUUCCUUAACAAUUAAUUCAGGUCCAAAAGGUAUGCAGUUUUAGUAACAGGAAAAGCAGCUUGUUGGUAAGACACCCUGGUGCUUGUUCUUUGGUACUAAGUCUGCAUGCAUUGACACAGCUGCAGUGUAACAGCUUCUCAUGCUGGUAAAAAGCACCAGACCAGUUGUUCGUUUCUCCUAAGCUAGGCUCUGCUUUUUUUUUUCUCUCCAACAAGACAAGACAAAGCAUGGACUAGCCUGCACCACAGUAGGAAGCCUUGUGUCCUGUGGUGAACUGAAGGAAGGAGUAAAAGUCUUACGCCCACUACUUGCAUUUUUCUUAGCACUUACCUCUGAACUCUGAGGGUGUAGUUCUCUGCUGGUUUCUCUCAGUCUGUAGAGGGAGCAUGAAAUCAUUCUAAAUCAGGUCACAAACUGUGUAUUUCUUUGAGUUUUUUAACCUCUCUGUAACAUACAGUGAGCAGCUCCUUAGGUGCCACCAAAUAAAUUACUGUAUUAGUAGGAACUGAAAAGAUGGUAGCUGUGAACAUUUUCACUCAGGACUAAUGAGUCAAAAAUGGAAAUGAAAAGGUACAUAAAUUAAAAUUAUACUGGCCUGUGAUCCUAGUUUGGUUAAAAUCAGUUUUAUGUAAUUGUUUUUAAACAGUUGUUCUUGCUCUGUGUGUGACUUCAACUACAGAUAUAAAAAGGCAUGAGAAGGUAAGAAAACUAAUGAGGUUUGUAAAGUUUUUGAGGUUUCUAGCUCGGGUUUGGUUGUUUUUCUUUCAGCCUUUUUACUAAGCAGGUAGAGAUGUAAGAAACCUCUAAACUGAACAGUCUGGUGGAAGAAACAAUGGCUCACAUACCUUGGUUGAUAAACCCAGGAAAGCUGAGUGUGUGAAGGGAUAUGGAUGCUGAUGUUUUCAACCAAGCUGUAGUUGCAUUAGGCCAGUACAGAAAUGUGUUGGUGCAGCUGUUUGAGAAUCUUUCAUGUGAGCUUUCCAAGCUCUGGCUUCUGCGCAGGGAGACUUCUGUGAACUGUAUUGAUUCUUUUUCCUGUACCUGACUGACUUAAAGCACAAUAAAAGCACUGAGAGAAAGACGCA